AUGGACGUGGCUCAAGCAGUGGCCGGCUACGUAUCACGCAUGGUAUCAUCUGCCGACCCUCUUUCGAACACACAGUCGGCCAAGAUGAAGGUCCUACUGCUGGACCGGGAAACCGUGCCUAUCGUGUCCACCGCCAUUACGCAAUCUUCUCUGCUUAACCACGAAGUGUAUUUAAUCGACCGGAUCGAUAAUACCAGCAGAGAAAGGAUGCGUCAUCUUCGAUGCUUAUGUCUCGUACGGCCAUCGCCAGAAUCUAUCCAGCUGCUCAUCGAUGAACUGCGCGAGCCCAAGUAUGGCGAAUACCACUUGUACUUUACCAACGUUGUGAAGAAAUCAUCGCUCGAAAGGCUUGCUGAGGCGGACGACCACGAGGUGGUCAAGCUAGUUCAGGAGCAUUUUGCCGACUUCAUUGUCAUUAACCCGGACUUAUUUUCUCUCGGACUCAGUCUCCCUCACCAACGCAUUUGGGGGAGCGGCCCACACACCUGGAACCCGGACGCGCUUCAGCGAAGUGCGGAUGGACUCGUUGCUCUAUUGCUGGCGCUCAAGAAGAAGCCUUUGAUUAGAUAUGCCAACACGAGCCCGCUCACUAAGAAGUUGGCAACGGAAGUCCGCUAUCGCAUCACCCAGGAAGAGCAGCUAUUCGAUUUCAGAAAGGUGGACACGCCUCCCAUUCUUCUAAUCCUUGACCGUCGCGAGGAUCCGGUCACGCCGCUACUUACCCAGUGGACGUAUCAAGCCAUGGUGCAUCAUCUCCUAGGCAUCAACAAUGGUAGAGUCGAUUUGAGUGAUGUUCCGGACAUUCGGCCGGAGCUCAAGGAAAUUGUCCUGUCUCAAGAUCAAGAUCCCUUCUUCAAGAAGAACAUGUAUCUCAACUUUGGCGACUUAGGGGGAAACAUCAAGGAUUACGUGGAACAGUACCAAUCCAAAACGCAGAACAACGCCAACAUCGAGUCCAUAUCUGAUAUGAAGCGUUUCAUCGAGGAGUAUCCGGAAUUCCGAAAGCUGUCGGGCAAUGUGAGCAAGCAUGUCACCUUGGUCUCGGAGUUGAGCAGGCGUGUGGGCGCGGAAAAUCUUCUCGAAGUCAGCGAGCUCGAGCAGAGCCUAGCAUGCAAUGAUAACCAUGCGGCCGACGUAAAGAACAUCCAAAAGCUCAUCCAGUCCCCGAAGGUAACAAGUGACAGCAAGGUUGCCUUGGUUGCGCUAUACGCACUGCGAUAUGAGCGCAACCCGUCGAACUCUCUUCCGAUGCUCAUUGACCUUCUGGUGGCAGCUGGUGGGGUUUCGGUACGGCGAGCAGAUCUCGUCCCGAAGUUAGUAUCUUAUCAAUCGUCUCUGCAGCAGUCACAGGCACAGACAGGCAUCACAGACAUAUUCGAAUCAGCGGGGAUUUUUGGCUCAGCGGGCAAUCGAUUCAAGGGGCUUAAAGGUGUUGAGAAUGUCUAUACCCAGCACAGUCCCCUGAUGGAGAACACCUUACAAAAUUUGAUCCGGGGGAGACUCAAAGAACAACAAUAUCCAUUUGUCGAGGGUGGUGGGACUACGCGAGAUAAGCCGCAGGACAUAAUUGUUUUCAUGGUCGGAGGUGCAACAUAUGAAGAGGCCAAGAUGGUUGCGACCAUUAACGCAAGCACACCCGGUGUUCGACUGGUGUUGGGCGGCACAACCGUUCAUAAUGCUUCAACGUAUCUCGAGGAAGUCGAAGAUGCUCGGCUCUCAGGCUUCGACCGCGCGGCUUCUGCUGCUCCAGAUGUGUGCAACGUCCAAACCCGUCUCGUAGUCAAGGCAGGCGGGGAUUUGCUGCUGUGGCAGAGGGCACAAGGUCUGAUCGUACUUAACAAUUCGAUUCGCAUUGUGCUAAUACAAGGUGGCAGGCCUUUCGACGUUGUCGUCGUAGGAGGUGGUCAUGCCGGCGCAGAAGCAUGCGCCGCCGCCGCCAGAGCCGGCGCAAAGACGGCUCUGGUCACCCCAAAAAUGGAGAAUCUCGGCACCUGCUCUUGUAACCCUUCGUUCGGCGGUAUUGGAAAGGGCAUCAUCUUGCGCGAGAUCGAUGCUCUGGAUGGAUUAGCCGGCAGAAUCAUCGACAAGGCUGGCAUCCAGUUCAAGGUCCUGAACCGUUCAAAAGGCCGCGCCGUAUGGGGCCCUCGGGCGCAAAUCGACCGAAAACUUUACCAGAGAUACAUGAGAGAAGAGCUGGAAACGUACCCAAACUUGUCCGUUGUACUUGGCAGCGUCUCCGACAUUGUGACAGAUGUCACGCAUAAUUCUACGAGCGCGGCGAAAAACAGGAUUACCGGCGUACGUCUGGAGUCUGGCGAAGUCCUCCCUACCACCCAGGUCAUCAUCACAACCGGCACGUUCCUGAGUGGCGAGAUACACAUUGGUAUGGAAUGUUACCCGGCAGGUCGUAUCGGAGAGGACGCCUCGUAUGGUCUAAGCAAGUCGCUCAAGGACGCGGGCUUUAGCCUAGGAAGGCUGAAGACGGGCACACCGCCUCGCAUUGCGAAGGACAGUAUCAACUACUCAAUAUUGGAAGAACAACCAGGGGACGAUCCGCCACUACCCUUCAGCUUUUUGAACAGUCAGGUCGCUGUGCAGGAUCAGAUGCUCUGCUACAUCACUUACACGAACGAAACAACACACGCAAUUGUUCGCGGAAAUCUGGACAAAACAAUACACAUUCGGGAAACCAUCAGGGGUCCCAGAUACUGCCCAUCCUUGGAAGCCAAGAUUGUCCGGUUCUCUGACAAGCAAAGGCACAUCGUGUGGCUGGAGCCCGAGGGUUUUGACAGCGACGUGAUUUACCCCAACGGCCUAUCGAUGACUGUCCCGCCUGAAGCUCAAGAACAGAUCCUUCGCUCAAUUAGGGGCUUGGAGCGCUCUGUCAUGACGCAACCAGGAUACGGCGUCGAAUAUGAUUACAUUGAUCCCCGGAGCCUAAAGUCUACUCUGGAGACAAAGAACAUAGCCGGCUUGUACCUGGCAGGCCAGAUUAACGGCACUACGGGUUACGAGGAGGCGGCAGGGCAAGGCAUCGUUGCUGGUAUCAAUGCUGGCCGAGCUGCUCAGGGCCUUUCACCAGCCUCUAUUACGAGAGCGGACGGUUACAUCGGUGUUAUGAUCGAUGACUUGAUCACCAAGGGCGUCACAGAGCCAUACAGAAUGUUCACAUCGCGAAGUGAAUACAGGCUGGCGUCUAGGGCGGACAACGCAGAUUUGAGGUUGACUAAACAAGGACGCGAAUGGGGAGUCGUCACAGACAAGCGUUGGAGCUCCUUCUCUGACGAGAAACAGCAGAUGGAUGAACUGAUGUCUCUGCUCAGGAGAACAUCAAAAGCGCCCCAGGAUUGGAUUCGUGCAGGUUUUCCUUUCAGCAAAAUAUCUGAAUAUCGCGACGCUGCUGACAUGCUCCUGUUGCGAAACGUCACUAUGGACCAAGUUGCUGCUGUUGUUCCUGGGAUCGGUGACUUCGCUGAGAACAUCAAGUCUCGGGUUCACAUUGAGGCCAUGUACACGCCUUGGGUAAAGAGGCAGGUCAGUGAGCGCAAAGUCCUCAGCCAUGAUGACAAGGUACAUCUCUCAUCAGUCGAUUACGAUGAGGUCCCUGGACUGGCUACGGCGGAAAAGAAUGUGCUGAAGGCUAUUAGGCCCGAGACUCUGGCUCAAGCUAGGAGGCUAGAAGGCAUUACCCCUGCUGGAUGCAUUCGAUUGGUUGCCUACAUCAAGAAUCAGGUCCGCGUCAAACGAGCGGAGCGCUUGGCAAAGCAGACCGGACAGUUCAGGUUAGAGAAUCCUAGGGCUUCCAUGCCUCAACUGCCCUGA